GCCGUAUAAAUCUCGUUUGCUCUCGUCUCGUCUCGUCUUCCUCUCGCGUCCAGUACCAGUGGAGUAUUGUACAGUAGUACUAUCUCACCCGCUGCGGCACACCCGCGCAUCUACCCACGGGGCGGAGUGGGGUGUGAUGCUCUCGGGGCUAUAGAGUGGAGGAGGAGGCGCCGGCUCGGGCUCCAAUGGCGGAAUCCUGAAGGCAGCCCGCAGGGAGAGUGACGAGCGAGCGAGUGAGCGGAGGAGAUGAUUCGGUACCAGGUGCGGAACGAGUACGGGCUGGCGGAUCCGGAGCUGUACGGGCCCGCGGAGGAGGAUGACCCGGAGGCGCUGCUCGAGGGCGUCGCCAUGGCCGGCCUCGUCGGCGUGCUCCGCCAGCUCGGGGAUCUCGCCGAGUUUGCAGCCGAAAUCUUCCAUGACCUGCAUGAAGAUGUGAUGGCCACUGCUUCUAGAGGGCAUGGUUUAAUGCUUAGGUUGCAGCAGCUGGAGGCAGAAUUUCCUGCGGCUGAGAAGGCAAUUAUAUCCCAGACUGAUCAUUCAAAUUACCUACAUGACGAUGGUGUUGGGUGGCAUGCAAAUCUUCAGCUUAACCAGAAUUUGAUCACAAUAGGAGAUAUGCCUCGUUUCAUUUUGGAUUCAUAUGAAGAAUGUCGUGGUCCACCACAUUUAUUCACAUUGGAUAAGUUUGAUGUUGCUGGUGCUGGGGCCUCUUUAAAACGAUAUUCAGACCCCUCUUUCUUUAAGAUGGGACGCACCUCCGACAUGCUUGAAACCGAUUACUUGAGAGAAAUGAAGCCCCGGAAAAUUAAGAAGAAGGCUGUGCGUGGGAGGACAGGGGAAACACUUGAAUCAUUGCUUGUUGCGAACUCUGAGUCUCAGAUUACUCCCUCAAAAGAUCGAGCUUCUAGAAAAGUUCCACCAAGGACAACAAAGCUAAAAUCCAGGCAUCCACGGGAUUCUUAUGAUAAAACUACCAGAAUCUGCAGGGAACAAUUGCUAGAAGUAAUCUCAUCACAACAAAAAAUCUUGUCGAACUAUUCAGCAAGUCACUACCAUGAAAAUUAUAGGUCAACUUACUCAAGUGAAACAACGUCUCCAUUUGGGGAGUUAGACAAUUACAAAGCUCCUGCUCAGUGUUCUGCUAAACUUGAACUGACUAAGGUCGUCCCGAUGAACGAAUCUGAUAGCUUCGUGACUGCAUCAACACCCAUUAAGGGACCGAUCUUCCUCGGAUCAGAUGAUGGUCAAUUUCUGGCAACACAACAUGAACAUACUGUAAUGGAUCCGAUCUGUAAAGGAUCUCUUGUGGAUCAAAAUGACAUCUCCUCAACACCAGAAAGGUUGCAGGAAAGUACAGAUUUUAAUAGCGAGGAAGGUAAUUUUGCAUCGCAGUCAAUGCUGGAAGAGAAACUUCAAUCAGCUGUGGUUCCUGUUAACUAUGAUAAUGAUCACUGCAGGCUUGAUGACAUCGCUAGUGAUCAAGAUAACUUUGUCGAUGCUGUUUAUACAGAAUUAGAUGGUGAAUCUGAUUGUGACAUGAAAACUAAAAGGGAUAUCGGUGCUAAAAUGGAAGCAAUAGACCAUCUAUCAUCAGGGUUGAGCAAUCCAUGCAAUGGCAAAGAACCAAAAGAACCAACCCGUCCAGACUCAUUUUUAGUAAGCGAUUCUUCCCCUUCUGCAGUGUCAGGCAUAAAAGAUACAGACUCAGAUUCAGAUUCUUGCAGACAAUUGAGUGGUGAUAAUUGGAUCGAUGACAAAGAGCCUUUUAAUGAUGUUGAUUUAAUGGAUGUCAGCUCAUCAUCAAGUGUAACCUCUGAUGGCAACUUUGAAACCAACAAUAAUCUCAAUGGCUGUCAGAAAAACCAGGAUGUAUCUUUUCGUCCUUCCAAUGACUGUCAUGCUGUUGUUGCCCAUAGUUCUGAUGAACAGUUAUCCCAAACAUCUAGUGGCUUGGAUGGUUUGGUUAUCAGAAGCAGUGAUUAUGAAAAGGCAUAUCACUCAAGGGAGCAUGGCCAAGAAAAUGUCCUGGAUUGCAAACCUACUAUACUUGGACAACCUAAUGAUGUUUCACAUGAUGGUGGAGAACUCAAAGUUCCAGGGGCUCAUGAUUUGUUGCUCCGCAGUACCACACUCAAUCCAGAACUGUCCAAGGAACAGUCUGAAGAAUGCAAAUCUCUAGAUACAGGCAUGCCAUCUAGCAAACUUGCAUCACUGCCAGACAUGGAUUGUGUUUUACACAUGAAUAACUUGGAGUUGGGCAAUGUUGUAUUUCCUGAAGAAAACAAUACAAGUACAACACCGACUAGUUUGGAUCCUGAUGGUGUCCACAAGCAUCUUGGUGAACUUGAUUCAGGAGUUGCACCUAUUCAUUCAGACACGCUGAAUAAUCCAUUGUAUGAAUCAGAUGAGGAUGAAAUUGUUGAAGAAUUACACUGUUUACCAGAUGAAGAUCUAUAUAAGCAUGUUGCAAAGGAUCAAGAUAUUGUUGCGCUAGAAAAAGGGACUUCUUCAAUUAGGCUCAACGCGCACAGAGAGGAUCCUAUGCAUCCGGCUGUUGUGCCCAUGCACUUAUCUAAUGUUCAAGUGAUUCCACGACUCACUGAAUCUGUAUCAACUUUUCAAGAUAGCACAGAAGCUCACUUAAAUGAGAUGCUGGAACUCUCUCCACGUGCCUUGAAUGAUAAUGCAAAAACAUCGCUAAUUGAAGGUCCACCAGCUUCUAGUACUGCCCCUUUACUUGGUACCAAUGAUUCCUUCUUAGAACACUGUGCAUCAGUUGAACCUGGAAAAAAUGUGGAGCACAGUGAAGUUCUGGUUGAUGCUGAGGUUGCAGAAGAAUCGACUACCAUGUUGGAAAAUGACAUAAUACCUUGUGUAGAGGAGCAUACUGAUGGUGCCAAAUAUACUGAGAAAGCAGAUGUUCUUCGGGUUACAAAUUAUAUUGAGGAAAACUCUAGUAAUGAUGUGCCAUCACAAUCAAGUUCUCCUCUCAGGGAAGAUAUGGAAACAGCUAAAGCUACUUCUGAAAAUAUUGUAUCACUCGAAGAGUCAAGAGGACAUAUCUUUAAAGGAAGUAUGUUGCAUACAGCCAAUCAUCCGCAGCCCAUUGAAAUAGAAAAUUCUGGUGAAACAUACAGCGAUGCUGAUGAUAUUCAAUAUCUGCCAUCAUUGCAUUUGCCAGAAGAAUCUAUUUGUCAUGAGGAAUUGCCAGAAGAGAACAUUCUUAAUGCUGAAGUUCCAUGUCAGUGUGAUUCUGACAUGGUGGGGGAACAACCAUCAGAGGUAAAUCAAGAUUUGGUGAGGGAGUUGUCUGCUCAAGAUUCAUUUGGUACAAACCCAUUCGUUGAUCCUGGGUACAUAGUGAGCUCUACUGAUCCUUCGCCUAGUAUGAGCUAUAGACCAUGCUUCUCUGAAGGAGAACAGGAUUUUCUUUCAGAACUUUUAAUCGAUCAUGGUAACACGGAAGCAAAAGAGAACCUGUACCCACUUAAUGGUUCCCUUUGGGAAACUGCAACUCCACCUGAUGAAGCACCUUUACCGUCAGAAUUUAUGACCGAACAGGACUUCAGAUCCUUCUGCCAUGAAUAUCAUGAGAUGGAUUUUACUGCUGUCACAGAUGGUUUUGGUGAUAAACCAUCUUCAGAAUGUAACGAUAUUACAAAUGGCUGUGUGGUCAGUGUAUUGGACCUUCCUUCUUCUGUCUCUGUGCUGCUGGCUGAAUUAGACACGGAGGCUGUUUGUUCUAAGCCGGAUUCUCAACUUCCUGGUUGUCCAGCUGGCAGGAAUAUACCAGGCGAUACAUCCGUGCCCUCUUCUACCAGGGAGGUUCCUGAUGGAGAGACUCCAGAAGCGGAUUCUGACUUGAGAUCUCAUGAGUCUUUUGGUAAGGAGAAAAACCCUGAACUAGGUAUUCCUUCUGUUCCAUUGAAAUCAGAGCAGGAACGACAUGCUUUGCCUGGUGUUGUUUCCGAUAGUGGUACUUGGUUGCUGGAUAAUGAAAAGAUUGGUGGAAUAUAUGGCUCUCAUUCAGGCAACAUUGUUCCAGUGAAAGAAGAGCAGGAAACCUGUGCUAACCUUGUUCCACAUGCUUUUAUUAAUGAAAAUCUAGAUGAACUGGACGGUCAUUUGAGUAACUAUCUACCAGUGGAGCCGGCAGUAGAAGGCCGUAGCUUGGAUGAAAUGGAUGUCAUUCCUUUGAGCAAACCUGUUCUGACCCAGGAAUCAGAUGUUCAUGUUUUAGAUAGACUUGAUUCUCAAAUUGUUCCGUCUUCUUCAAUUGGCGAGACUCUGAACGAUCAAGAUGUCUCUCCUUUGAGCAUAGCUCUUGAAGCGGGGGAGUCAGAAGAUCACAUAACAGGUGAAAAUGAUUCUCAGAUUGGUACAUCUCUUGUUGGUAAGAACAUUGAUGAACUUGGUGCCCCUCCUCCGAGCAGUGCUGUUCUAGUGGAAAAGGAGGCGGAAGUUUGUGUUUCAGGUGAACUUGAUUCUCAAAUUGCUUCAUGUUCUUUGCCUAAUGAGAAAAUAAAUGAAAGAGAUUGUCCUCCUUUGAGUAGUAAGAACAUUGAUGAACUUGGUGCCCCUCCUCCGAGCAGUAUUGUUCUAGUGGAAAAGGAGGCAGAAGUUUGUGUGCUAGGUGAACUCGAUUCUCAAAUUGCUUCAUGUUCUUUGCCUAAUGAGAAAAUAGAAGAACGAGACUGUCCCCCUUUGAGUGGUUCUGUGUUAGUAGAAAAUAAGUCGGAUGGUCAUGUCUCAGGUGAUCCUGAUUGCCAAAUUGCUCCAUAUUCUUCAGCAAAUUACAAUAUUGAUGUACCAGGUGCCACUGCAUCGGUGGAGACGGGAUGGGAAGCUUGUUCAUCUCCUGAAUUGGAUAAUCAAAUUUCUUCGUAUCCCUUAACUGAUGACAAGGUUGGUGAACUAGAUGGGACUCCAUCAUGCAAUGACCAAGUGGAAGCAGAGAAUGGAUCCUAUUGCUCACCUGAAUUUCAUUUUCAAACUGCUUCAUAUUCUUCAGUGAAUGAUAAGAUUGAUGGACCAGGUGCCGCUACAUCAGUAAGUAUUGAGGCAGAGCUAGGGUGGGAAGCUUGUUCAUCCCCUGAAUUGGAUUGUCAAAUUGGUAUGUCUCAAUUAAGUGAUGACAAGGUUGGUGAACUAGACGGGCGUCCAUCAUGCAAUGUCCAAGUAGAAGCAGAUAAUGGGUCUUAUUGCCCACCUGAAUUUUAUUCCCAAAUUGCACCGGGCUCUUCAAAUUCUGGUGCGCUAGCUGAUACAUCAAUCAGUGCCCCUACAUCAAUAAACGAUAUCGAGGUAGAGCCAGGGUGGGAAGCUUGUUCAUCCCCUGAAUUGGAUUUUCGAAUUGCUCCCUGUCCCUCAAGUGAUGACAAGGUUGGUGAACUAGACCAGCUUCCAUCGUGCAAUGUCCAAGCAGAAUCAGAUGAUGGAUCCUGUUGGUCAUCUGAAUUUGAUUCCCGAAUCCCAACGGGCUCUCCAAAUUCUGGUGCACUAGCUGAGACAUCAACAACGACUUCUACAUCUGUCAUGCCUAGUACCGAGGAAAAUUAUUUGGUUUCUCCUGUUCUACCAUGGACUGAACCAUUUAAAAAUGUAUCCAAUGAAGAUCCUCAAAAAUCACCACCUCUUCCUCCUCUUCAGUGGAGACUUGGAAGACCUCGCCUAGGUCUUCUGAGUGCAAAAGGCCAUAUGCCUGAUCCUGCAAGGAGAACAGCUCCUGUUUUGUCUGCAUCGAGUCAAGAUAUCGGAAAUAGCCUAGGUUCACUUGACGGAAUGGCAGAAUCGAUAGCAUCAGUUUCCUCCCAGGACAUCAAAGAGAGGCAUCAAAAUUCCGUGGAAGAUGAUAAUAAUCAAAGGAUAGAAUCUGGAAGGCCUUCUACAUGUCCAACAGUAACUGAUGUUGCAAGGACUGAACAUGACAGAUCGUUUGCAGAGGCUUGUGGAAACAUUAAGCAUCAGGGGCAUAUCACUUCACCACCAACGGAGUCUGAAGAACAUCCGAAUGACAGUGGGGCCACUGAUGGAAUGGCCUUGGACUUGCUUCCUUUUCCUAUGUAUGAACAUGGAAUUAACCAGGAGGGCCCUCAACAGCACCUCUUAUGUUCAGAUAUUUCAGACAUCACUGAGCAUCUUAGUCAUACAGAUCCAGCUGCGUCUGACAAAAUGGUGGAUGAUCACAGUGCUGCAGGUGGCAUGCACUUAAACACAAUUAGCUCUUCAACACCAGGGAAUGAUUUUGAAAAUGGCUGUUACCAGCAACCUCAGCAGGGUGAAGUGUUAUCGUGGACUUCAGACAAUGAAGAGAGCUCAAGUGCAUCACACGAGGAGAAGAAUUUGAAAGAUCAUUCAAUCACAAGUGGAUCACCUUCAGAUACAACAAAACACAAAAUUUCAGGCUCACUGUCGGAAGGACAUAGCCAGGAGAGUCACAAUAUAAAGGAACAAGACACAGUGAACCUCAAGGACAGUCUGUCUGGAGGCCCGUCACCUAGUGCAGUAUCAAUCGUAUCUGAAGAUUAUCCCCAUGGUGACCCUAAUUUGGAGAGAGAGAAUAUACAUCUGUCUAACUUGUGGUGGCCUGGCGAUAAAAAUAAAUAUGUUGGUGGUGUUGGUGAAGGCACCUAUGUGCAAGCUGGGCAGCCACCAGUGAUGGGAUGGACUAUUGGACCUCAGAUGCUUCAUCCUAAUUAUGGAAUGUCAAUGGAAGGGAGACGAUUUGAACCAGAGGUCACAGAUUAUCCGUUAAUCAGGAAGCCCAUUUCAAUGAGAAAUAUACCAAGAAAUCCACUGGUCGAUGCUGUUGCUGCUCAUGACAGAAGCACGAUGCGCAAGGUUGCAGAACUUGCCCCUGCAGCUGAUAAGACAAAUCCCGAUGGUAGAAACUUGUGGCUAGAGCAGAUAAGGAACAAGACUUUCGACCUGAAACCAGUAGGUUCUUCUAAACCGACAUCCAUGAGAGCCCCUGCUAGAAACUUGAAAGUUGCUGCAAUAAUAGAAAAAGCAAAUGCCAUACGCCAGGCGGUGGGAAGUGAUGACGAAGACGAGGAUGACGAUAACUGGAGCGACACAUAGAACACCCAUUAUUUUUGCCCUCUUGGUGUUUUUUCUUGGCAGAAAUGCGCCAAACCAAGAACAUUGUGGACACGGUGCACAACCAUGUCAUCUUCUGGUCCUACCAUUAUUAGUCUUGUCUAUUGUAUAUAUAGUAUAGCCCAUAUGUUAAUGUCUAUUUGCCGUUCUUCUCUGCAUUCUUUUUGGCCUCACUGUAUGUAUGUACACUUGCCUUCUCCAGCAGCAAAGGCCGUUGGUGGUAGGCAUGUUCUUAGGAGACCACAUUAUUCAGGUCUAAUGUAAAUCGUUAACCUUCUUUUUUAUUAAAGCAGAUUUAUCUUGAAGUGCAA